AUGACCAAGCUCGGCCUCGAGGCCAAAGACCUGGAGCCGACCCGGACGAUCUUCCACGGCAUCGUUCCCAGCCUCUCCUGCUCCCCGAUCGGUCGGAUCUGGCUCGACGUCCUGUUCGGCACCAGCGACCACUUCCGACGUGAGCCGCUCUGGUUUGAGGUGGUGGAUCUAUCCAGCGCGUAUCAUGCGCUGCUAGGCCGGUCCGCACUCGCCAAGUUCAUGGCGGGCCUCACCACCAUCACCGGUGACUACCGCAAGUCCCUGGAGUGCGCCCGAGACGGUGCCCGACUGGCCGAGUCACUGGUCAUAGCCGAGGAGCGGCGCCAGCUCGACCGGAUCGUCGCGCUGGCCAACGAGGUACCAGCCGUGCCGGCUUCGGCCAAGGAGUCGGCCGACGAGGCCUCGUUCCAGCCCUCCAAGGAGACCAAGAAGGUCAAGCUGAAACCGGAAAACCCCAGCUGCAGCAAGUACAUUGUCAUGGGCACCCGCCUCGACAGCAAAUAG